CCUGUUAAAACUGCAAACCCUGCUGCUUUUUUUUUUCUAGUACAGUCAAAGCUUAACCAGUAAGCGUGAAAAGGGAAUGCUUCUGGGAAUGAAUCAGCCCCUUGCAUUAGAGCUGUUCCAGGAUUUUUUGUGUCCAGAGAAAGGAUGGCAUAUGGAUACACAGAACCAGUUGAAUGUAUGCCUUGACUACUUUAUGAAAGAUCUUAUCCUUACAGAUAAUGAGCUGCACCUUAACCAGCAUUAAACACACUGAGUUGUACUUAGGGACCACUUCAGUUCCCUGACCCAUUCUGUUUCAGGAACCACAGAUCAAAUAUUGCAGUCUUCCCAGUGCAGGUAAUUCUUGAAAAUGUACUUCUCUCCACCCAUAUGUUUAGAUGAAGAGUCAGGUUUAGCUGAGAGCUUUUCUUAACACAGCAGGAAGGGUUUUAUAUUUCCGCUGUGGCCUUGUCUGUAUUGAGAAAAAUUGCUGCUGGUUCAGCUGAACGAGGGUUGGCAUUACUUCCUAGUCCAGGGUUAACAAAGUCCUUACAAUCUGACCAAAGUGAGUAAACUGAAACAUCAGUAUGGUUUAUACUGUUGGUAGAAGUGCAUUUGCCAGACUGGCCAAUGCACAAUGUGGGCAGGAGGUGCUGAGGUUUAUAGUGCUGUGUAGCUCCUGGAGAUGCAAAGACUAGAAAGGCUGAAAAAAAAAGUGACACUCUAAGCAAACCAUUCCUCAUGGUAGAAUUGCAGGCCUCAUGAACACUGAAAAACUUUUUUCCUAGAGAGGAGACCACUUCCCCUUUAUCUUUUCCUCUACUGCUUGUCUGCAUGUGAUUUGCAUCUCUCCCACACCAUGCUUGUUGUGAGGAUAAUUCAUAAUACAAACAUGAGUGCUCUUCUGUAUACUUUGAUUAUAUUUGGAUAAUGAUAAGCUUGCCUUAGUUCAAAAGCUGAGGGAUGGGGAGGUGGGAAUUUCUAGGGGCACUGUCAUGCAAAGUCUUUUUCCGACUCUACCCACACUUCCAAGUGAAGUCCAUAUACUCAAUUUCUCUGACCUUUCCCUAUCUAGACAUCAAAACACACUGGCCCAACUGCUGUUCUCCCAGUGUGCCUACUGUUGCUAUUAAUCUCUCUUUCUUACACAGCUCUUCAUUUCUUUUCCUUACCUUUGGCCUCAGCUCUUUAUUCAAAGUGAUAAUUUGCUGGCUUUCUGCCGGAGGGAGAAGCUAUGAUCAAUAACAGGAGGAGACAGAGGUCAGUGGAAUAGUGAUGAGCAGUGCCAUCUGCUUCUCUGGAAACACCGUUACCCAAAAAUAUCAAUAAUUAGGAUGAUAUUUCAGCUUUUGGAUAAGGCAUCAGUGAGAUGGAGGCAGCCAGCAGUGAAGGCAGGGGUCUUUUUUUCUGCUCACUAAUUCCUUGUUUCAGCCAAUCUUCUGUCACACAGAGACGUGGACAGAAAGGGCUUUAUCCAGCUUGCACUGGAAUAUAGAACAUGUACCUGAGCACAGCCAUUUCUGGGGCUAAUGACACCUCCUUCAGGUUCAGUGCAUGGCAGCUCUCCUGGGCUGUGCUCUGCUUUCUGCCUGGUGGUGUCAGAGCCCAUCUCUAGCCUUUUCUUGGAGCUUUUGGGGUAGAAGAGCCACAAAGAAAACCCUCCCCAGGGCUGGGAGAGAGCAGAGACUCAGCAGCAUUGCCUGGGUAUCACAGAAGGGUAUGCUGCACUAUUACACCUGGUGCUAGACUACUACUAGUGUCUAGUACUUUUGGUAUUGACUGGCACAAUAUGUAAUUAUUCAAUUAAAGGAAAAGACAGUUUUAUCCAUGUAUUAGCUUUUAUUACUCCAGACGGCAAGGUGAUUAAUUUCUUCCAAGAACUUCAUUUUACUUUGCCUUCAAAAGCCUUGCUUUUUGUGUGCACAAUAACUCUCAUCCCACCAUACUUUAGGGAAAUUUUUAUCACUUGUUUCUGUACCUCCUGGAGAUGCACAUUCCUCUUUCUUUUAUAAGAAUUAGAGACAGGAGAAAAAAAAAUUAUGCAUUGAGAUGCUUUUACUUCCUCUCAGCCUAAGCUCUGAUCCUCAAGUGCAUUAUUAGUAUUACUGUUGUAAACAUUAAACAUUCAGUGAUCUGUUGAGCCAGAUGUAUUUUGAUGGGAUUGAGGCUGAGCUUUAAGCCAUUUGGUUUAUCUAAGCUAUGUUUUCAAGGCUUUCUAAUUCUCAGUUGUCAAAAAUGAACUUUCAUUUAUUAAUGAAAAAGGGAAAAUUUUUAUUUGCCUGCAUUAAAAAAAGAGCACAAUAAUGUGAGAUUUCUUACAAAGCAGGAGUUAGAAAUGAGAUUUUUAUCAUUAUGAGUUUAGACAACUAUAUGGUUCAAAAGUGACCAUAACUUACAGUUUUAAAUUUCUAUUUACACCCUGUGCUGCACUCUGGGAAUAGUUGCAUAAAUCCCUUUUUGAAGUCAGGUCAAAUUUGAUACCAGAAACAGAGACCAGCAGCCACUGAGUGAGGAUGAUCUAGGAACCAUCAGACAAAGUGGAAAAAAAACUCCAACUCACAGAAAACCAUCUUGCAGAGAGGAAAAGGAUGAAUAAAAAAGGAAACCCCAAACAUCAAUACCAAGAAGGCAAACCCCAGCCCUCAGUCAGAGGCUGUGAAGGCAGAGGAAGCCGGCAGGUGGACUCCGAAAGCCCUCAUAGGAGUGAGCCUCUUCCUGUGGCGGCCACACAUCAGCACAGCCCGUGGAGGAGCUUCUUCAGCUUCUUCUUUUUCUUCUUCUCUCUGGUCCCCAGCACUGGCAAGAUGAAGUGGAGGAGGAUCGCCAUCCUUGCCACCCUGCAGGCCCAGCUCCCAGCCACAGAUGCUGCAUCAGUUCUUGGCCUCACAGAUCCCAGGCUCUGCUACGUGCUGGAUGGAUUCCUCUUCAUUUAUGCAGUGGUCAUGACAGCCCUUUUUGUGAAGGCAAAGCUCAGCCAAGCCUCUGAACCACAGCUGCGAGCAGGCCAGGAUGAUGUGUACAACAAACUCUCCCGCACGCGCAGAGAUGAUUACGAUGUUCUGGGAGGAAAGCGAGGAGCAGACCCCGAGCUGGGCGGGAGACACCAGCAGAGGAGAAAGAACCCUCAGGACACUGUCUACACUUCACUGCAGAAGGACAAGAUGGGUGAGGCAUACAGUGAGAUUGGAAUGAAGGGAGAGCAGCAGAGGCGGCGAGGCAAAGGCAAUGAAGGUCUCUACCAGGGGCUCAGUGCAGCAACCAAGGACACUUAUGAUGCUCUCCAAAUGCAGCCCUUGCCCCCUCGCUAAGUGGGAGCCUCAGAGGGGAUGGGCAAGAGCGAGAGAUGCCCACCUGCUUUGGGGAGGAGAGGGGGAAAGCCUUUUUCAUCCAACACAAGCACUGUGUGUUUUCUCUGUGCAAGAAGCUCCUUGGGUUGGUGCACAGAAUCUGGACCUGGCCUUUUCCUUCUCUCUCUCUCCUCCUGAAUUAUGUAACUGCUUCUGCUAUUAGAAUGUACAUAUUUGUAAAGUUGUUUCCAUUUGUAGUGGGUAUUAGGCUGAUUUUUUUUUUUGAUCAGGUUUGUGUUGUGGGGACCAGACCAUACCUUCUAACAAACACAGCUAUUUCCAUAGGUCUUCCUUGUCUUCCAGAGUAUUAAGAUGUGGAAUUAUGGCUUUAUUUCAUUUAAACAAUUUGCAAAGAUUUACUGUAUUUACUUCCUGUAGUAUUUAUCUUAAGACUUUUUUUGCUUUAAAUUUGCCUUUAAAAAACUGCUUCAGUGGAGGGCAACUUUUUUUCUUUAAUUAUAAAGAGUGACAUGAUGUUAGUGAAGUGAAGCAGAGAGGCUGAAUGCCAGCUUUCCAGUAGGAAGAAAAUGAGCACCAAUAUCCAAAAAAAAGAUCAAGCAAUGGCACUGCCACUCAUCCAUAAAUAUGAGCCAGGUAAGCUGAGUGAGACACUUCUCUGAAGGCAGAAGAACAAAGAAAACAAGGAGAUGGGUUCCCCUAUUAUCACUUCCAGACAACAAACUCUACAAAAGCCAACGUAAACGCAGUUUCCAACCCGGUCUCUCAUGAGGCUGCCUCUAAAAGGUGCAGGUAUCAUUCCAAGGAGGCACCAGUUCAAAAAUGUCCUGUGUUUUUGAUUAAUUAAUAAAAUAGUGCCACAGUCCCAUGUGCGUGUGUGGAGAGCAGCAGUGGGAAUGGCAUGAGCUUCCUACCUGAGGCAUUCAGCCUGUCUGCACCCAGCAGCACCAUCUCCCAGGGAAGCUGAGGAGGACAGGAUUCCAGCAGGAGCUCCUGCACACAUCCCAGAAGCUGGGAUGGGCUGUUGGGAAAAUGCCCCAAGGCACUGAUACCCCCAGGUAUCAAAGGGACAUUCACCUCCUGCUGCCUCAGCUUUGCCCAUGCCUCGCAAGGCUGCACAGGGAAGCCUGGAGGAAUUCAGCAAGGACAAAUCCAGCCCAGCAACAUCAGGGGCGUUUCACCUCGACUCAGGAACUGACCAAGUCAUCUCAUCAAUCCCCACAGAAGAAGCAGAGCUAAAGCAAGGCUGUGGGAACAAGAGCUGCUGCUCUGGGUGCUGGCCAAAUGAGGUUAUGUCUUCUUUCCAGGGACUGGGUGGGUUAGCAGCAGAAAAACUUGCUGAAAUGGGUGCUAUGCAAGUUCCAAGGCAGUUUUACUUCUUUAAGCAGUAAAACUGUACCUGCAGUAGGUGCUUGUAGCUUUUAAAGAAUAUUUGCAAUAAAUUAAAAGCAAAAAAAAGUAAACUGAGACAUGGUAAUGAAUGCUUCUCGCAAAAAAAAAAUAAAAUUCCUAGAGCCUUUACUGUUCUCUGCAGUGACAAGAAAAAUUGAGAGAACUGAGUAAUAACUGAGACAGCUGAGCUGAAAAUUACAAUAAAGUUAUGCUGCAAAGCACUCGAUGCAAGAACAAAGAGUGCUGAAAACAGCUUUCUCUUUUUAAAUCACCAUAACUGUAUCUGCAAGAUGUAGAAGUCGCAAGCUUUGGCAGCAUGAAAUACCAACCACCAAACAACAGGAAUUAAAUUCUUUGUAGGGCGAAAAAAUCACCUUUCUGUUCUUUAUAUAUCAAUGGAUACCCUGAUUUUAAAAAGCAUCCAACACCGGUUUUGGGGCCACUCACCGUGGGGUUGAGCUGAGUCUCCUCUUUGCCUUCAGGAAACGACUGAAGCUGUUUCCGCUUUAGGGAGAGGCGCUGAUAAAUACAGAAUUAGAACAAAAGCUUCAAGCAGAGUGCAUAAAACCCAGGCUCUCCUCCAGCUUGACAAGACAAAGGGGACCACAGAUCAAUCUUCUGGCCCAGUUUGAUGCACGGGGGAAGGGGAAUCAGCUUCCCCUGACACAUUUAAAAACUACAAACAAGUGCAUACAUGUUAAAACACUUGGAAAAUGGUUUAAUGAUGUUUACAACAGAAAUGAACUGUACAAUUACAGUAAGUUUAAUAUAUAUAAAAAAUUACAGCAGACAAAUGCAUCUACACAAAAUCUACCUUUUCAUUCUGAUUUACUGUAAUCUACACAAUCUCUCAAUGCCUACAGCUAUCUGUAGGCAACCACUGGGAAAAUAAUAAUAAUAAUAAUAUAAUAAUAAUAAAGGACAUCUUUAAAGAGACAGCAUUUCGCCUUCCUCCUCACCCUUAGUGUGAUCAGCAAGGUUUUGAAAUGUGUGGGACUCUCACAUUUCAGUCUCCAGAAAAGCUUGGGUUGCGUUUGGGUAGGGUACUCCCACAAUGGCCCUUGAUUUCAAGUGUUCUGCUGACCUCAAGUGUAUAAAUGCAGUGUAUGAGGAAGGCCAAGAGAAAAAAAAAACCUCCCAGCCAGUGUAAGCAGGCAGUUGCACAGAGCAGUGAAACCAUUAGGACCAAAAACUUCUCUUAUUUAGAAAAGAAAGCAAAAAGGGACUGCCCAGACACUACAGACAUUGACAAAUCCUCAUUUCUUUGAAAAUUAUGAUCAGAUUCAGAAGAAAGGGCUUGGUUUUCCACUCCCAAUUCUUCAUACAAAGGGGUAGUUUUCAAACUAACACGGUAAAUACUUUUUAAAAACAAAAUUUAAGCUACUUCCUCUUUGGCCCACCCCUUAAAAACAGUGAAACCCCCUUUGCACUGAGAAAGAACCUCAGGUCAGUGGGGAAAACAAAAGAACAUGCUGUCUCUUUAAAAAGAAAGAAAGAAUCCCAGUUGGGAGCGGCCAUCAGUGAAAAUGCAAUCCAAAUUGGUGGUUUGGUGGAAAUUCCUCACGGAAUAUUAUGUACAGUUUAAAAACCCUUUGUAGUUGGUUUUUCUUUUAUUAUUAUUUAUGAACACCUAGGCAGUGAAAACCGUUAUGUUAAUACAUACAUAGACACACCCAAAACAUACAAAAAUACUAUUAUUUCAAACUACUAAGAAUAGGACAAGUUCAGUUAUCUCCAUGCUAUGACUUUAAGAGCAUUACACUGAAACAAACAAGAAUUUAAACGACAAUUUUUUAAUAUCCCAGAAAUAUACCAAAAUAUACAUCUAAGCUUUGGAAUUACUGAGGUUAGACUAAUGCAAGUGCUGGGUAAUCGUACUUAAUACACAAGUCUAAGGUUCUGCAGGAAAGAAAUUAUCUUUGGUAUCUGCAUCAGGCUAAUAAUAUUAACAUUUGGAUUUUGCUUUGGGAUAGAGCUUGUCUGACCCUAGAACCAAACACCCCCCAAUCAACUGAGAUUAAAAAGAUCCAUGUAAAAAGUUCCUCCAUUUGCAAUCCCCCCCCAAAAGUUAAAAAGUCACAGGCAUCUACCUAGCAUAAAAGGUUGAGAAAUACAAUGCAUAGUUGCACAGUGGUGCUGCAAAAAUAAAAGAAAUCUAGAAAAAAGGAACUAGAGGAGAAAUGAAAAGCUGCUUCUUCUUCUUUCAGGGAUUUCUCACAACAGGACAGCCUCUUCCAAGCAGUGAAGGGGGGGGAAGCUCAGAAGUGCACCUCAGCGUGUAUUAAUCAACAUCACCCAGCCCCCAGAGGGUUAAAGCACCCAGCAGAGCAGCCAAUCCUGCACCCAAGUCUUCAGCUCCUCAACCCACCUGCGAAGCCCCGGCCUCCCUUCCCAGCGCCUGUGCCCCAGGUUUCACCCUGGGGCCGGGAGUCGCUGCCCGGGGCGUUCUGGAGCCCCGCGCUGGCCCCCAGGCCGGCAGCGACCCUCGCCCAGCCAGCCCAGGCCAGGCCGGCCUCACAGGUGGGCUUGGUGCUGAAGACGCCCUUUGUCUUUGGUUUGUUUGUUUGUUUUGAGUUUAUACAAUCAUUAGGAAAUCUUUGGUUUUGGCUGGAAAUUUUAAAAGAACAAAACAAAACAAAGAAACCGCCCCCUCCCGACUUAUAGCAGCCACCGUGACCUGACAAAGCUUCUCUUUCCCAUGGGGGUAGGGGAACUACAUUCAAAUAAAGAUGGACCGGGUUAAGGAUGCAGCUUCUGGCCAGGUUGGGGAGUGGGGAAGGGAUACAGGAUUGUCAAAUAAUAAAGAAGAAAAUUAAGUAUUUGGAGAUUUCUUUUUGUUUGUUUGUUUGUUUUUUUGGUCAUGUUAAAAAGUGAGUAGCAUGUAUGCAGCACUGGGCUGAGAGUGCCUCCUGGCCCUGGAGCUCAGUGUGGCUCUGGGGUGGGAAAAGGCAGCGUGGGUGGCCCUUUUCCAUGGAGAGUGGAGGGGAGGGGGUGGAUAUUCACAGACUAAUCAAGAGGACCCCUUGUAACCAAAGGAAAUAAGAUAAGAUUGCAAUUUGCCCUCACUUUGCAGUAGCUUUUAAGCAGCGACAUUCAGAGGCGUUAGGGGGUCACUCCCCAGGUUGCAGGUCACGGGGUGCUAUAGGCCAGAGUUCAGUGUUAAUCAAAGGAGGGAGGGCAGACUUGGCAACUCUGUGGGGUUUGGAGAAAGUUAAAGCAAGUUACUCAGUUACGAGUUAGAAAUGAGGUAUACGACAGCUCCUGUACCUGUGGCGGAUAAACACCCCACACCUACUCACACCUAGCCUUAGAUACUACCACAGAGGAAGGAAAUGGAACAACGGCACUGGCGGGGACCAAGGAGCUCCUGCCCGGCCCUGCGCAGGGAGCGCUGGCACUCGAGGGGCAUUCGGGGCCGGUGCUGCUCCAGCCCUCCCCGAGCCGCCCUGCAGCGCUGCCUUCCCUUCCCCGUGCUGCGGGGAGGCGCGGCCCGGCUCCCCGGGAACUCGCCGGGAGCGGCCCUGAGCUCCAAGUCUUUCUCUUUGCGUUUUCCCCUCGGACUCGCUCAGGCGCAGGGAGCACCAGGGUCACAGAGGCCGACACAUGGAGAGUGAAUGGGGGAAGAACUAAAGGUUUUGUCUCAACUGCCUUGUUCUCAGGACACUGUCACGGGUGCUCUUGUUCCUAAAUGGUUUCUCAAGGGGCUUGUGCGAUCUCCACGAGCUGCCCCUUGGCAUGCCGUUCCCUAAGGGCUUAGGAUUCCUACUGUUAAAUAAUUUCAGGGGUUUAUAGCACCGCAACGUGCCGGCUUGGAACGCACACGAAGUUAUGACAUUCAGGGAAUAGGGCUUCCGUAGCUGCUGCCACAGAACUCCCCAAGGCAGUGUGAAUCCUGAAGUGGAGCCUACAACAGAUAAGACAAUUUCGGGAGGGAAGGGGAAGCUAAUGCAAUAAAUUAAGUAUCUUACGGUAUUAUGUAAAGCUCUGCCGGAGAACAUUCCCCGGCAGACCGACACAGUUUUAAGACAGAUCAGCGUUUUGGUCUGAGCUACUUGACAAUGUCCUGUUUGGUAGAGAGAUGAAAUAAGGCAGAGGGGUUAUGUUCCAGUUCUGGGGCUGAGCCUCAGCAGCACUAAGGAACGCCAAAGGUAUCAUCUUCCCUCGCCUCCCACAAGCUGUUUCAUUUCCUUCCUCAGAUUUGUUUUCCAUAAAGCACACCUUGUUUUCCACUUCUUUUGUUCCAAGUGCUCUUUUCUUUGAGAAGUCAUUUCUUCAAUAUCCCUAUUACCUAUCUAUAAAUCUAACUAGCUCUUUGAAAAGUCACACAAUAUUAAUACCACUUUUACAUAAUGUCAGAACAACAAUUCUAUUAGUAAAGCUUUCAGUGAAGUUCUGCAACCCGAUUGGUGUCCGGAGGAAGAGUAGCUGGACAACCCGCUCUCCCCUUCCUCCCUCCCUUUCUUCACAAGAGCUCACCAAGUUCACUGAUAAAACAGCUCAGCCCAAUAGCACGAUACAUGAACAUGUACAAGGCUACUUUGGGGAGCAAAGAAAGGAGUCUUCAAGGUCCCUCCCUUAAGAGAAAGACCAUCUGCAAAAGCUGUUGAACAGACUCUGACCUUGGACUACACUGCUUCCACAUUUGAAGGAAAGAAACAGUUUUCCCUGACUGUAUCCCAACAUCAGCCUAAGACCUGCAGCACUGGGCAAACCCCAGACACCGUCUGUCUUCACAGAGCCGAUGCAACUCCAUGCAGAAAAGGUGGGAGUACCCGCAAGAGAUGAGGUCCUUAGAGGAAGGGACACUGACCCAAAGCUCAAAAAACCCCCACCCAGCUUUUCCUCUUACCCGCUCUGAGAACAGCAGAGCUGACAACUUAUCAGUGCCUUUGGUUCCCUACGAGGCCACUGGGAAUUCUCCCUCCCCAGUGGAGUCGAGCUCCUUUAGAAACCCAGCUCUCGCUCCCCGCACGCAGCCGGCGCCGGCUGGCGCUCACACGCACUCGCACACGCACCCACCCACGCACACCCUGCCCUCUUCCCCCGCUCCAGCAGCCUCAGGGGAAACGGGCAGGGAGCCUUGGAGCCCACACGGAGCUGGCUGCAACACCCUCCCAAGGCAAGAACCACUCACUCUUCUGCUACUGCCACCGCAACACCGAGACAUCGGCCAGGAGAACGACCUGGUCCCUCGCCAACUACACCUCAAAGCUCCUCUCCCACAACCGUCUCACAGUAUUUCAACCCUUUCAGGCAGACCAGCCAGGUGUUAGGAGUAGGUUAGCUUUCACCUCUCUCAGUUUGGUUUUUUCUUUCAUAGUUUUUGGUCUAGACAGGAUUAGCAUUGCUAUUAGAAAAGGAAGUGUUUAAAAAGUUUUCCACCUAUUAUCAAGCACUACAAGCCCUACAUUCAGUAACAAGACAAGGGGGAUAAAAGGAACCUGUUUCACUUUUGCUCUCCCAGAUAGAUUAAGAUGCGACAACCAUUCUUGUCCCUCCCUGGAGUUAAACACAGCGGACCCAGUUCAGCUCUGGAGCAACUCAACU